AAAAGUGUGAAACUUACAGUAGCUAUUCGCUGGGAUUAUAACGGCUGUUUUUUUUCGAACAACAUGUUCACUGUAUUCAACUACUUUAUUCUCGCCGUUUUGUUUUCCCUAAUACCAGAAGGACGAGGUAACUGCCGCAAUUUAAAGUUUACCAAUUUUCAUAAAUCUGACUACCGGUUGGAGAAUCACACGGUUCGAACUAUUGAAGUUGCCGACGAGGGUCUCUGCAUGUUACAAUGCUACCUGGAACCUAACUGCGUUAGUUAUAACUUCUGUAAGAUAAAACAGGCGUCUGGAAAACACAAGUGUGAUCUGAAUAGUGCGACUAUUGAACACGAUGAAGACCUGGUUAAAUACGAAAGUUGUAUUUACCGCCAAGCUGAGAAUGCUUGCGCCAAAAAUUCUUGCAAGAAUAAUGCAACAUGCCAGGCUGGGUUUACAGACAGAGAUUAUCAGUGUUUGUGUGCUCUUGGAUCUGGAUUUGAAGGUCAUAACUGUGAUAAGGAUAUAGACGAGUGUACCAAUGGAACGCACAAAUGUGAUAUGAAUGCUGACUGUCACAACACCCCGGGAUCUUACAAAUGUACUUGUAAAGACGGAUUUCAAGGAAACGGUACAGACUGUACUCAGAGAUUUAAUACAGCUGUGUUUACAAAUCUUGGUAAGAGCGACUCUCAGGGUCCAGACUCAGUUGGCAGUCACUACACAGGUCAGGAUCAUAACGGACAAGUUACAGUGUCCAGCGGUAUUCAGCUGUGGAAUGUGCCACACACAGGGGAAUACAGAAUAGAAGCAGUAGGAGCCUCAGGGGGGUACGGCCAGAACAGUGUCAUCAACGGAGGGAGAGGGGCGCGGAUGAUUGGAAACUUUAUGUUGACCAAAGAUGAGAUCAUUAGUAUACUCGUUGGUCAAAAAGGAAUCAGAGGGGGUGUCAACAAAAACACUGGGGGAGGUGGUGGAGGUUCAUUUGUAGUGAGAGGAAACAACAUUCCCUUGAUCAUAGCUGGAGGUGGAGGGGGAAUUAAAAAUAUGUCAGAACAACAUCCAGGAUGUGAUGCAUCCAUAAACACAACAGGGAACGCAGGGAGCAACUCACCAUUGGGAUCAGGAGGAAGCAACGGACAUGGAGGAAAUGCCAAUGGUCAAUCUCCAGGUGGUGGUGGCGGCGGCUUUUACGGUAAUGGACAAGGUGCUUCGAGCGGUUCUGGUCGAGGAGGUAAAGGAUAUCUCCAGGGAGGAAGGGGUGGACAUGCCAGGGGUGGGUUCGGAGGUGGUGGUGGUUUUCGUUCAGGCAACCGUGGAGCUGGAGGAGGUGGAGGUUACUCUGGGGGAAAUGGUGCAGCUGAUGAACAGUUUUCCUGUGGGGGAGGAGGUGGAUCUUUUAACAAUGGAACAAAUCAGCAAAAUGAAUGUUGUUUAAAUAGCAAUAAGCAUGGCAGAGUGAUCAUCACGUUUCUUCAGUGAAAUGGAAAUAGCAGCACUUUCCUUAACAUAUAGUGGACAUUAUUGUGGGUGAGCGCCAUUUUAGCCGCAAGUAACUUUCGCUUUUUAUUAUGAAUUGACAUAGUCUCAGUACAGCUUUCAAGAUUUUUAUUCCUUAGCAGGAAAUUAGGACUAGUAUACAAGUAUCUUUAUAAAGAAACUGU